UGCGGAUAAUUUUCUACUACCAUAUCUCUUCUUAUGUGAUUGUCUUCAGAUUGUGGAUCAUGUUCAUAGAUUUGUUCAUGUACUAUCACAUUCUCUCGAUUCGAUUGACGAACUCGAGCUAUUUCAUUACGUAACAUGUGAUUUUCUUGAGUGAGCUGAUCUAUUUGUAACAUUUGUUCGUGCAACAUGACAUUUUCUCGAGAUAGAUGAAGACAACCUAUAUGAAUAGUUUAAUUUUCUUAGCUACUUUUUUAUUUGAUAAUUUUAUAUAUUGAAUGGAUCACUGAGCAAAAAAUCUUUUCUUCUUGUUUAUGAUGAACAAAUCCAAUUUCUCUAGCGAGUUUCAUGCAUAAUAUUUGUCUCACUCAAAGAUACCUAUUAUUUGGAGUCUUGAAAAACGGGUCACUUACUUUCAUAUGUACCGAUUGUAUUCAUCAAUAGUUCCACGAUUUUAACACUCCAUGAUGUCACAUUGAUGAAAGCAGCCAUAGUGCACGUAAGUGUUGGUUUGGAAAUUCAAAUUGAUCGAAUGACUGUAUAUUUGCAAGGGUAAGAUCGAUUGAUAUAAAUAUAUCUAGAAGUGUAUCACAAUUGUCUAUUGGCUAAUGAAUAUUUUAUAUAUAUUCGCGUCUCUUGUUUUGCAUGUCGUUUAUACAAUAACAACACAUGUUUCUUCGUUCUGCUUGUUCUUUUUCUUUAUUCGUUCUCUAUCGUUGACUAAUAUUGCUUGAUACAUAUCUCAUCAAAUUGAGUAACGAUUACUUUUUUCAUAUCCUAGCUGAAAAAUAUCAACGUUCGAUAAAUACCAUCAAAUUAUUCAUGAGAUAGUUUAUAUCGAAACAACUCAAUCAUGAAGCCUAUUCAUGCUAUAUGACUCAUGAUUAAAUAACAUACAAUGUAAAAGUAAUGGCACAAAAUGUUGACUUUUUUACUUCUUCAUCGACAUAGAUUUUGGAAGAAACCUCUUUUACCAUUCAAUAGGAAAUGUUCUCUUCUUUCAAAGCUUUUGUCAUAAGUUCAUAAAUGAAAUAACACGAAGGAAAGAAAAAAUAUUUGUAGUAGAUAUACCAGCAGCUGCCAACUAUCAAUAAAAGAGAACUGAAAUUUUAUUUUUUCAUUAGAAAAAAUAUAAAGAAUAAAAAAAUCUUUAUUUAACAGUCGGAUAUAAUCUAGCACACCACCUGUAACAAAAAUUCUUUCUAACUCUGUGAACAAUAGACUGUAAUAUGAUUUUACUAAUUUUCAGCUUUCCAAUUAUCCUCAUAUACUUUUUCUGUCAAUAAAUCCAAAACUGUUUCAAUUAGUAUUUCAGUUGAUUUAUAGAAUUUCUCUAUUUUUUCUUAUGGUAUUCUAGUUUUGUGACGGUCUAAUAAAAAUACUAAAUAAAGAGUUUGAUAGAAAAGAAAAUUUGCCGUUGAAUGAUAAAAAAAAAGUUUCUUCACAGAACUAUGUUGAUGAAGAAGUAAACGGAUCGACAUUUUCUGUCAUUACUUUUGAAUCGUACGUUAUAAGUUGAAACGUGAGACAGACAACCAGAUGGGCACGAAUCAUAAUUGAAUUAAUCAGAUCAGAUCAUUUGUUUCAUGCAAGAUUUAGAUUCUCGAAUAGUGUUCUGUGAGUUCUAUUGGAUACCUUUCAGGCGAGAAAUAGAAAGAUGAUCUAGAAUGCAAUGUUUCGUGUCUAUAAAAUACAAUAACUAAUGCAACGCUGAAGUGAUAGAUUGAUUGGAUUUUGUUAUUCUGUUUGUAUACAUAAAAGGGUGUGCUUUGCCACUUCAAGAAACAAUUCAACUCUGAAGAAGCGUAGCAGAUGCUCAGAAUAGGUUUUUUCCAUGCCUUGAGUGAAUUUCACUUGAUGAGUAAUCGAAUCAAUUCUGAUUCGUGUUAUUUUACUUUUAUUUUGCAAGUUUUAGUAAAUACCUGAUGAGUCAAAUAAUAUGAAUAGGCUCGGUUCUUAUGUUUAUUCAAUGUCAAUAUCUAAUGACUAAUAUUAUCGUAUUUAUUACAUGCACAUCAUUGCCUGGUUGUAUGAAAAGGAAAAUAAAGUAAAAAUUAGUCAAUCGAAUGAUAUGGUAGGCGAGCAAGAAGAGUCAACGAUAGAAAAUGAGUAGAGUAAAACCAUCGUGCAGAGGAAAGAUAUGUGGUGUUUUUUUUAUUGUACAUGCGAAACGCAAAGCGUAGGAUGGAGUUAUAAUCUACGGUUGUUCUUCAAUAGAACAAUAUACUGCUCCUAUAUAACAGAGAACAAUUACUAGCAAACAAUUACAUUCGGUAAAUUUCAGUUUUCAAUCCAUUAUAUAUUUAGAUAUGGCGGCAUUCCUACCGUGGAUACCUGUAGCAACCCAAGUGAUACAGAGUUUGUUGGAUGGUGGUCGUUCAAAGUCAGGUAUAAUAGUCAAAUUCUCUGCAGUCAUCAAUAAUGAAUAUCAUGAAGUUACCUACAAAAGAGUUCGCUUGAAAGCUUUUCUGUCUCAUUUCUUAAAACAAAAUUAUUUAGUUACAAAGUAUUAUACUACACAGCAGUUGAUAACUUGUUUGACAUACGAUGAGCUCUGUCGAUCUAAAGAAGGGUGAAAACUGAAUUUAAUAUAUGGAGAUGCAUUUAUCUAUCGAACAACGGAACACCUCUAGCUGUAUGUGUAUCAAAUCACUUUCAUCCUAUGUAAAAUCGUUAAGUCAAAUGCAUUGAUUUUAAUUAACUAUAAAAUAAUCAGAUAGUGAGGCUAGUUAUCUAGAUAAUGUCAUCCAAAGUAGUUUGAGCAUAUUUGACAACUACAGCAAAAUACAUAAAUUAUCCGAAGAGUUUUCUUUUCGUUCAAACAUGUUGAUUAAAGUAAAUGAAAAAUACUUUAAAUGCACAAGAUCUUUGAAUUUCAGCUAUUAAUCAACAAUAAAUUUCAACAAGGUAUGAAAAAACUGAAAAGAAUUCAUUUCAUCAUGUCUUUGUUUCAGAGAUAGGAUUAUUUUUGAAAACAGAAUCAACAUUUUCUGUGUAAUAUUUUCCCUCUUAAGUGUUCAUCAAAAUGUAUAACCUCCUAAAUUUGAAUUCACUUUUACAACACGGCCAUUUCUUCAAUAUCCUUUUCAAAUGUGCCACUUAUGAAAAAAAGUCUAGGGUACAUCCUAGUUCGAAAUUCUUUCUUUUCGUUUCCUUACAUAUAUCAUAUUCUCCGUGAUUCUAAUCAAUAUGAUUUAACGAGAAUGAUACUUUUUGAAAAGUCUAUUAUAAUUUCUCAUAUCAAUAGAGUCAUUAUCUACUCAUUUUAUAGUGGGAAACAAUGCACUUGAUUUGACUAAUUCACAUAAUUUUUGUUGAUAUUCUUGAAAGACAGUUCAAGGCCUUUCUGUAUUCGAAUAAAUACAAAUAUUGCAUGAUAAUAAACCUUUGACAUAGGUGGUGGAGGUGGAGGAGACAAUGCUGCAUUGCGUGAAGAACUGCGUCAAUAUCGUGAACAACAUACUGAACUUCUUAAAAGCUUUAAUAAGUUAGUCGAUGGUUUAAAAGACAAAAAGAUUGAUUCAUUCGAGUCUCUUGCUCAACAAGAUGAGCGAGCGAAAAAAGCUCUCAUCGAGUUGGCACAAAAAACUGAACCAAUGAAAAUGGUUGGCAUCAAUAUUGGUCUUUUUGGCAUCACAUCUACUGGCAAAUCUACUAUGCUUAAUAGUUUACUUGGAAAGAAAAUAGCUGAAACAGGUGUCGGUGAAACAACAACUAAAAUUACACCUUAUCAAGGUAUGCAAUACACACUAUGGGAUGUUCCUGGUCGAAAUGAUGAAAUCAACUAUCUCAGUAUGGAAUAUAUCUCAUUCUUCAAAGGUCUAACAAGACGUUUGAUUCUUAUUCAAGCAACAAUAAAAGAAAACUCAAGUGGCGGAGGUGGAGAAGAAAAUGCUGCAUUACGCGAAGAACUGCAUCAAUAUCGUGAACAACAUAGUGAACUAUUGCAACGGUUUAAUGAACUACUUGAACAGAUGAAAGAAAAAAAGAUUGAUUCAUUUGAAGAACUUGGUAGACAAGAUAAGAAACAUCAAAGAGUUCUCGUAGAACUGGCACAAAAAACUGAACCAAUGAAAAUGGUUGGCAUCAAUAUUGGUCUUUUUGGUAUCACAUCUACUGGCAAAUCUACUAUGCUUAAUAGUUUACUUGGAAAGAAAGUAGCUGAAACAGGUGUCGGUGAAACAACAACUAAAAUUACACCUUAUCAAGGUAUGCAAUACACACUAUGGGAUGUUCCUGGUCGAAAUGAUGAAAUCAACUAUCUCAGUAUGGAAUAUA